AUGUUCUCUAGACUUGUCCUUCUCGCGCCUGUUCUUGACACCCUGUCCAAUCUACCUUCGUCGUCGCUCUUUGCCACCCCCUUCGACCCGCCGACCUCUGGUUUCCUAACGCCUCGAGAUCCCAAUCGCGGCUGGUCCCCGAUCAUGGCUUCAUCUUCGCCCAUAGACCCGGCCACGCGCAAAAGGGUACUCAAGGUCAUUGCCGUGUCGCUUCUCCUUGAUCUGAUCUCCUUCACCUUCAUCCUGCCACUGUUUCCGAAACUGCUCGAGUUCUACCGCGAUCGCGAGGCGCCUUCCACCAUAUCCGGCAACCCACAGACGCUCCUACAGAAUGUCAUUACCUACUUGAACAAAUACAAGGCGUCCUUCUCGCGCCCUAUCGACUCUCGCUACGACAUUGUCCUGCUCGGCGGCGCCCUGGGCAGCCUCUUCUCACUCUUGCAAGCCGUCGCAUCUCCCAUCAUUGGCCACCUCUCCGACCGUCAUGGCCGCCGGACCGCCCUGCUCGCGUCCAUGAUGGGCAACAUAGUUUCUGUCCUUCUCUGGGUGUGCGCGGUGGACUUUCGCACGUUCGUCGCCUCGCGCGUCGUCGGCGGCCUGUCCGAGGGCAACGUCCAGCUCGCGACAGCCAUGGCGACCGACAUUUCGGAUGACGCCUCGCGAGGCUCGACCAUGGCGCUUAUCGGCGCGUGCUUCAGCAUCGCCUUCACCUUUGGGCCCGGCCUCGGCGCCUGGCUCAGCACCAUCUCCACCGUCCGCGAAAACCCCUUUGCCACCGCCGCCGGCGUGAGCCUCGCGCUCAUCGUCACCGAGACGGUCUACCUCUACUUCUGCCUGCCCGAAACGCUUCCUGCACUUACCGGGCUUGGCAAGCCGGCAGGCGACAAGAAGAAGAAGUCGAGCGACGAAGUGCAGGUUGACGCCAGCACCAAGGGCCCGACGACGAAGACGACGCCGACGCAGAGGACAAACUCGCAUUUUCUCCUCAACGCCGUGCACUUUGUCUUCCUACUCUUCUUCUCGGGCAUGGAGUCGUCGCUGUCGUUCAUGACGUACGACCUCUUCGGCUACGGCUCGGCCAAGAACGGCCGCCUCCUGGGCUUCGUCGGCCUCGUCGCCUCGCUCCUGCAGGGCGGCGUCACGCGACGCCUGCCGCCGCUCGUCUCCGUCCGGCUCGGCGUCGUCGCGUGCCUGACGGCGUUUGUCCUCCUCGGCCGUACGACAACGACGGCGGGCCUCUACGCCGCGGCGACCUGCCUCGCCAUGACAUCGGCGACGGUCGUCACGGGCCUCAACGCGCUCAGCAGCUUCGAGGCUGGCGAGGGCGAGCGCGGCGGCAAGCUGGGCAUUCUGCGCAGCUGGGGCCAGCUGGGUCGCGGGCUCGGCCCCAUUCUCUUCACGAGCGUGUACUGGUGGGCCGGCCGCGAGGUGGCGUACGGCAUGGGCGCUGCCGGCAUCACUGUCGUGGCCGUCGCUGUGUUUUCCGGCCUGAAGACGCCGCCGGGGUCGGUCAAGGCCAAGGUGCCGAAGGAGAAGAAGGAGCUGUGGAAAACGGUCGCCUUGCCAGCCGUCAGAAUGCACAUUCAGCCCAUCGACAACCUCACUGACAUGGAGCCGUUCGUCAACGACAUGCCUCAGCACAUCCACAUCACAGACCAAGGCGACGAGGGCGCAGGCGAGGGCGACAUCUUUGACGACGUCUGGGGGUCCGCGCCAGCAUCCCCCACGACGCAGACUCGUGACGCUCACUCGUCGUCUGCAGCGGCCGCGCAUCACCCAUCGGACAUGCCCCGCCUGCAGGCCGAGCACACGACCGCCGGCUACCGCGAGGGCGUCACGGCGGCCAAGGCCCACAGCAUCCAGGCCGGCUUUGACGAGGGCUACAGCCUGGGCGCCGCCAUCGGGUCCCAGGCCGGCCAGAUCAUCGGUCUCCUCGAGGGCGUCGCUCACGCGCUCGCGGGUCACGACGACGCCAGCUUGGCGGAGGCGGCCGCCCGAAGUGUAAAGGAGGCGCGGGACGAACUCCAGGUUGAGAAGCUGUUCGGGCCCGACUACUGGAACACGGACGGCACGUGGAACUACGAGGUGGCGGCGAAGAAGCAAGCCGACGGAACCCAGGAGAAGAAAUGGGCAGGAGAGGACGACAUUCUGUUUGCUGACGUCGCUGACGCGCACCCGCUGAUCGUCAAGUGGACCGAGGUCGUUGAGGCUGCAGUCGCGCGAUGGGGCAUCGACCGCACCGUCUUUGCCGAUGUCGGUGAGGAGGAGCGUCUGGCCGCACAGGAUAGAGCUGCUGCCAACGCGGGACCCCAGCAGACGAGGAAGCCCCUUGACUGGUGA